GGCCUGGCCCGCCUACUACACCAGCAGGUGUGUGAGUCCGGUGCGGUAACUGCUAUCGAAGAGGGUGAACACUCGCUGUCCUAUGCGGAUUUACACCAGAAGGCCCUCGCCUUGGCCUUGCAGAUUGAGGCGAUCACCGAGGGCGACACGGCCCCAAUUGGCAUUCUCAUCCCCCGAGCCCUAAACCACGUUCUUUGCCAGGUCGCCGUCAUAUACUCCGGCCGGGCUUGUGUGCCUCUCGACGACAAGCUGCCCGACAGCCAUCUGGCGAGUAUGCUGGAGAAUCUAAGCUCCACUCUCGUACUCACCGAUGCCACUCGCCAGCAUCGCCUCCCGUCUUUCCGUCGUCUCUCGGUCGACCACACCGCGCUGUCCACCGGAGCUCUCCAGGGCGGCGGCCAGCCGAUCUUCCGCGAUGGUCGCAACUGCUCUCAUGUCUUGCACACAUCCGGCACCACGGGGAAACCGAAAGCCGUGGAGGCGAUGGCUGAGGGCCUGAUCAACCUGUGCCUUGACCCGGCCGAUCUCAUCCGCCGCGGGCAGCGGGUGGGCCACGGAUCCAGCGUGAUCUUCGAUACCUCGCUGGUCGAAAUUUGGGGGACGCUGCUCCGCGGGGCCACCAUGGUCGUCAUCCCCUCCGAGACGGUGCUCGACCCGGUUGCCCUACGCGCCCUGAUAAGAACAGCGGAGCUCAAUGUCAUGCAACUGACCACCUCUCUGCUCACGGUGACGGCUUUCUCCUGCCCCGACGCCUUUGCGACCCUCGACACCCUCAUCACCGGCGGGGAAGCCAUCAACUGCAAGAUCAUCCGCUCCAUCUUCAAGGCGGGAGCCCCUGGUCGAAUCAUUAACGGCUAUGGCCCAACUGAAUGCAGCAUCUACACCCUGUGGCACACCGUCGCUGAAGAGGAGGCGCUGCGUGGGGCCAUCCCCGUGGGCAAGGCAUUCAACAACAUCGAGACCUUCCUGGUCACCGAAGAGGGUGUCCGUGCCCAGCCCGGAGAGGUUGGCGAGCUGCUAGUCGGCGGACCCGGAGUGGCUCGUCGCUACAUCGGCAAUCCCGAGAAGACCGCCCAGGCGUUUGUGCGAAUGCCGCAGCUGAAGGCGCGCUCGACCCGUGGACCGGGCCAUUUGUACCGCACGGGGGAUCUGAUGCGUGCAGACCCCAACGGGGAUCACUUCUAUCUGGGUCGCAAGGACAACCAGGUGAAGAUCCGUGGGCAGCGAGUCGAGCUGGAGGCGCUCGAGGCCAAUCUUCUGGAGACGCGGCUGGUGAGCGCGGCGGUGGUCAUCAAGAUCACCCCGGAGGAAGUCGACAAGGGCCAGUUUCUGCUGGCCUACUGCGUGCCCACCAGUCCCGACGUGCCUGAGGGCGCGAUUCUGCGGGCGUAUAUCGAUCGCUCCCCCCAUCUCAUGGUCCCACGAAUCCAGCUGAUUGCCACCCUCCCGCUCAGCGCCACCGGAAAGGCCGACCGCAAAGCCCUGGAGCAACAGUACUACGACACGCUGCAGCGAUCGCGGGCACGGGCGGCGAACGUCGUGAUUGACGCGGACGAUGUCGCUGCUCAACUGGAGCGGAUCUGGCUGGACGUGUUCGGUCUGCCGGACGAGCGCCUCGCUCCCACCGCCGACUUCGUUGCUCUCGGGGGGACCUCCCUUAUGGCCGCCACCAUGAUCACCCGUCUCAAUAAGGCCCUCGGGGUCUCGGUCCGUGCCGCGAUGCUGUACGAGAACCCCACUUUCGAGCAGCUGGUGCCCCUGUUGAUGCGACUGCAGGCGGAGGGUGAUGUGGAUCAGUCCGCCCGCACCGAGCAGGAAAUCUGGCUGCAGGACUCACAGCUGGGCCAGACCCUGCAACCUCGCGCGGACGGGUUGCCCGUGCCCCAAUGGCAGAGCCCUGGGGAGGGGCGGAUCUUCCUGACCGGGGCCACUGGCUUCGUGGGGAUCCACCUGCUGGUCAGCCUCAUCCAGCGGGAGGAGGUGCAGCAGGUGGUCUGCCUGGUGCGGGCCGCCGACGACCGAGCGGCGCUGCUGCGUCUGCAGAAGACGGCGGCCAAGUACGGGCUCAACCUGGAGGGCCAGAAGAAGGUGGUGGCGUUGGCGGGCAACUUCGCCCUGCCGCGAUUGGGGCUGGCUGAGGCGCAGUACGACCACUGGGCGCGCUGGUCGAGCGUCAUCUUCCAUUUGGGCGCCAAGGUCAGCUAUGUCGCCCCCUAUACCUCGCACCGCGCCGAGAAUGUGAUCGGGACGUUGGAGAUGCUGCACUUUACCAACCACGGGCGGCUGAAGGCGAUGCACUACUCCUCGACUAUCGCCGCCUACGGGCCCACGGGCUACGUGACCGGGGCCAAAUUCCUGCCCGAGGACGAGCGGCCGGCCUCGCACCUGGCCGCGCUGCACUACGACACCGGGUACGCGCAGAGCCAGUACGUGGCGGAGGCGAUUGUGUGGAGCGCCAUCGACAACGGGUUCCCCGUGGCCGUGUAUCGCCCGGGCUUCGUUCUCGGCCACAGCCAGUCCGGGAUAUGCAACCCGGACGACUUCGUGUCGCGCGUGUUCAACAGCUGCAUGUCCAUGGGUGAGUUUCCUCUGCUGCCGGACCAGCGAAAGGAAUUCGUCCCCGUCGACUUUGUCGUCGAAGCCAUGCUGCACGUUUCGCGGUCCGCGGGCAACCUCGGCCACGCCUACAACCUGGUCCAGCCCGACUUGGUCAACGCCAUCGACAUCGACCGCAGUUUCGAGAUCCUCCAGCAGAUCUCGCCGCACCCGCUGCGGGGGGUGCCGUACGUGGAUUGGGUCAAUUCGCUCUCGCUGCGGUUGGACGACCCCCUGCACCCGCUGACCCCGAUGUUGAAGGAGACCGUCCUGGGCGACAAGACGCGCUGGGAGGUCUACGAGAAGAUGGCCGAAUACGGCCGCGACAACAUCCGCCGCGCGCUGCAGGACGCCCCCGCGGUGCUGCAUUGCGAGCCCAUCGCCGUCAUCUUUGAGCGCUCACUGAAGAGCUGGAUGCCC